AUGCCGCCACCGGGCAAGAAACGAAAGCGAACGCAUGUAUGGGAAGACGAAGAGCCACCUACCAGCAAAACGCGCCAGUCGUCUCGGCCCCCAGCAUCUACAGCCAGUGCUCGAGAGCCAUCGACACCGAAAUCGGCACGUGCAUCCUCGGUAGCACGGUCUGUGCGAGCACCUUCAGUAACACGUUCUGCCCGAGCCCCAUCCGUUCCCCGUUCCACCCGCGGAGCUUCUGUGGCGCGCUCAGUUCGAGCCUCGUCGGUCCCUCGUUCGCGCGCCGGUUCAAUCCCCCGGUCCCCUCGUACCCCAAGGAGACUUGCCCAACUCCCACCGCUCAAGAAACCGCCGUUCAAUCCGCUCCCUGUCGCACAACCACCCACCCGACCUGCAAUGCAGCUCUUUGUUUUUGGAAAUGGUGAUAUGGGGCAAUUUGGCUUGGGAACAAAUGUACUUGGAGAUAUCUCACGACCGCGUCAACACGCUUGGUUCAAGGAAGCCAUCGACGCUGGUAUUCUUGGCACAGCACCCGGAGCAGGAAUCGAUGCAUUGUGUGCAGGAGGCAUGCAUACCUUGGUUGUUGACGAAGUUGGACGGGUUUGGUCGUGGGGAAUCAACGAUAAUGCUGCAUUGGGGCGACCGACCGUAAACGUGACUCACCCAGAGCGGCCAAACGAAGUGGUAGAAGCAGAGGUAUUAGAAACAGAGCCCAUGGUCGUAAAGACCCUGGUAGACGAAGAAUUCAGAGCCGUGGACGUUUGUGCUGGCGAUUCGAUCAGCGUGGCCCUAGGCGAAGGAGGAGCUCUACGGGUAUGGGGAAGUUUCCGAUCAUCCGACGGCCUACUCGGCUUUUCCCCAAACGCACCCCGGGUCACGCAGAUCCUGCCGACCCUUCCAUCCAAACUCGCCUCGGAACGGUUCACCCAAGUCACCUGCGGAACGGACCAUGUGCUCGCGCUCACCUCCAAGGGCGUCAUCGUAGCAUGGGGCAACGGCCAACAAGCCCAACUCGGACGCCGCAUCAUCGAAAGGCGCAAGGUCAACGGUCUAGUCCCGCACCGCCUCGCCCUCCGCAAGAUCAAAUCAGUCGGGAGCGGGAGUUACCAUUCGUUUGCGGUGGACCACAAGGGCGACGUCUACGCCUGGGGGCUCAACUCGAUGCGCCAGUGCGGGACGGGCCUGGACGAAGAUGUCGUCACUCAACCGACGCUCGUGCCCUCGCUCAGCGCAUCCGCGCUCGGAUCCGGAAGACGCGUGGUCGCGAUCGCGGGCGGCGAGCACCAUACCAUUUUCCUUGUCUCGGACGGGACCGUCUACGCGUGCGGGCGGUGCGACGGGUUCGAGCUCGGGCUGGGUUCGGACCAUCCGGCGAUGCGGGAUCUCGAGGAGCGCAAGGAACUAGGCCGGAAGCAGGCCGAGGAAGAGUGGGUCAGGAAUGGGGGGAGUUUGCAGGAGAUGCCGCCGUAUAUCGUUGACGAGUACAUUUCGGAGCCUGUCCAAGUUUUCUUCCCUCCCCCGCCUGGUUCUUCGUCGUCGUCGUCUGAUCCUUUUGAUCCCGAUGGUCCUCCUGUUUACGGAGACGCGACCACAAGAAUAUCGGCCAUCUCGUCUGGGACUAGGCAUAACCUUGCCAUCUCUGCGACAGGGUACGCCUACUCCUGGGGCUACGGUAAUCAAUGUCAACUCGGUCUGGGUCCGGACGUCGAGGAACAGCGGGUACCCAAGCGGAUUCGAUGGAAGGGUGGAGAUGGCUGGAAGGUGCUCAAGGGAGCUGCGGGCGGCCAGCAUUGUUUGUUGGCGUGUAUACCCAGGGAAUGA